UUGUGUUGUGUUGUGAUGCUCACCGAGAAAGUUUCUCAGCGAAUUCCCUGCCCCGUUUCGUGUUGCUGAGCGAGGAGAGAAAAUUCCUGAGGAGAGCGAGUGGAAUCGGAGACUUCAGGAGUCAGUGGGAUAACCGGGAGCGUGGCCGCCCGAAGGACAGAGUUCCAGAAGAUUCUGCGGGAGCCGCGGUUAGCGAGUGUUUGCACCAUAUGUAGUCAGAAGAGAAGAUCUGUUGGGCUAUAGACGCCCUUGAAAACUGUCACAGUGUUUGUACAAAAGUGUUUGCGGAUAUUUGCACAGAAAUCCUUCUCAUGCAGGUUAAUGACGGGUCAAGGCGCCAACAAGCGUGUCUCAAGACCUUCAUGGAGAUGGAGAAGAUGACAGAGGAGCUGCACAUAUUGACCAAGGAACAGGAUGUCAAGGCGGAGAUUCAGGCAGAAUGUGAGGAUUUUACCCGAGAUGAACACGACGACACAUCUGAAUCCCCCGUCGAAGAGAGCAAGCAAGAGAAGGAAGAAGAAAAGGAAGAACAGUUAAUGGAAGAAAAGAAAAGGAAAAAAGAGGACAAGAAAAAGAAAGACGCCACUCAGAAGGUUACAGAACAAAAAACCAAAGUGCCCGAAGCGACGAAGCCAAGCCUAAGCCAGCCUCCAACUGCCACCCCAGUUGGCAGCGUUCCAACACCAGCCGCCAACGGUGGUAACAAUGCCAAAAGGGCGGUGGCCACCAACGGCCAGCCACAGAACGCCGCCCGCUAUCUGCCCCGUGAGGUGCCUCCUCGAUUUCGCCAGCACGAGCACAAAGUGUUACUAAAACGUGGUCAGCCCCCUCCACCUUCCUGUGGGCUUCUUGGAGGUGGGGCGGGGCCUCCUGGGUUGCCAGGAUCAAACCCUGGCGCUGCACAACCAUUGACGCAACCCAACUGUCCACUGCAGCACGGCAGUACACCAGUGGACACUAACCCUGGGGGUGCUGGUUCAAAUUAUGCAAAUUCUGCUUGGGGUUCUGGAUCGUCCAGCACUGACCUCAACCACGGCUGGGAUAAGUUAAUCGUAGACGGGUCUGAUAUGGAGGCUUGGCCUUGCAUCACAGGCAGGGACUCUGAGUCGGCUUCGGAACACGUAGACAACGAAGGUGCCUCAAACUUUGGCUCCGAGAAGAGCCUGCCACCAGGAAGUGGCGCUGCCAGGAGCUGCAAAGGAGCUGCAAACCAGUUUGCUGCUGGGAGCGGAAAGAAUGAAUGUAAAUUGGGGGCCUGGAACAUGGGCCUCGUGCCUAAACCCAGUCACGCAUCUUCCAUCUCUUCGGAGAGCAAAGACGGACUUAACAAUUGGAAAAACUUGAGCAACCCUGAUGGAGCUGGCCUUGGGUUGACUUUGAACCCAAAUAUCAACCCAUCAGCCUGGCCAGUGUUGGGUCAGGAGGGCAAUUCUGGAAAAGGGACUUUGGAGACUGAUGUUUCAAGCUCCAGUGCACAACUCAGUGCAGUAGGUCAAAGCCCUAGGGAUCAGGAUGGUACUUCUGCAAGCGCCUGGGCAAAUAAGUCAAAAACGGAAAAUGCGGGUGUUACAUGGAAUGCUUCUGUUGGAGAACAGCCUCAAGCUCUUAACACUGAUGGACCAAAUAAUGGCGACACUAACUCUUUGAAUGCAAACUCACAGAGCACCGGGAACCCUUUGCAAAAUAAGGGAGUGUCUGAUACAACAGGAAAUGGGACCUGGAACAUGCCCAUGGGAAUGGGUUUGGGAAACCCCUUGGUAUUGAAUCAAUCUGUGAGCACUGAAGCCUCAUCCGAAGGCAGUAUUAGAGGAACUAUGGAGGGACGGGGAACAGGGGGGUCUUGGAAUACAGUUUGGGGAUCUUCUGGAACUGAUUCAAUUUCUGGACAAAAUGGUACAGGAGCUGAUGGCAAUAGUGGACGCAACAGUGAUGAUACAGCAAAGGCUGGCUCUGGUUUGAAACAGUUACUGGUGAAUAGAUCAAGAACUGAAUCAUGGGAUAGUAAUAGUGGAUCUUGGGACUCUGAGGCGCAAGACCCCAACAAAGCAAAAAAUUGGGGCAAAGGGAACAGAACAGCAUCAAGUGGUGCUCAGGGUUUGUGGGGGCAACAGCCAGGGACUGAUAAUCGCUCAGAAGGGGAGUGGAGUGGCACUCCUAAUGAACAGAAUUGUGGCACAGGCGGUUGGGACAAUCAUAGGGUAAAUCCCCUCCCAGAAAACCAAGGAGAGAACUCCCAAAAUUCCAACUGGGUGAAGGCCUCUAGUUCCACUGGGAGUGAUUCUGGUAGUCGAAGCAACAACAAAAGGGGGGGCUCAGAAAACCACCCAGGAGGUCGGCGCUUAAACAAGACUGAUCCCCUUGACCAGGAGGAGGUAAUACAGUCUGUGAUAAGUAGGUCUGAUCUGGAUCCUAGAGUGUUGUCAAAUACUGGGUGGGGCCAAACUCAGAUUAAACAGAACACAGUCUGGGAUGUGCAGGAGUCACCAAGGAAUGAGAGGCGCACUGACAGAGGAACAGAAGGGUGGGAGAGCACCACCACUCAGAGCACUAACUCAGGGGGCUGGGGUGAAGCAUCCAGUCAAAGCAGUCACUGCAACUCUGGGUGGGGAGAUGCUCCACAGUCUUCAAACAUGGAGUCUGAUAGUCCAAGUGGAUGGGUGGACCCAAAAAAUAGUCAAGGUUGGGGAGGUGGAACACCAGAAGAGAAGGCACCGUCAUGGAAUGAUGCGCCUAGGAUCAAGGAACCUGGUUGGGGUGCAAGACAGCAACCAACUCAAGGUUGGUCCCCCAACAAUGGUUGGGGUGACGGAAGUGGACAACCAGCUGAACAACCAAAAGCAGGUGGAUGGGAUAGUUCAAACUCCAGGUGGGGCGAUAGUGGACGUGGUGAAGUAGGAUCUUGGGGUGGUGGUAACUCUAAUUCAAACCAGAGAAGUGGGUGGGAGGAUCCAACACGACACCAGGGAUGGGGUGAGCCAUCAAAAACAGCUGCCAAUAAUUGGAAUAAACAACAAGAUGUCUCUGGCUCUUGGGGCACAAACUCUGCAGGGAGUCGGCAAUCAGGACCUGGCUGGGGCUCAGCCUCUGUGCCACCUGCACCCAUCCCAGUUGUGCCAAAGGAAGAAGAACCUACUGGAUGGGAAGAACCUUCACCACAGUCCAUCUCCCGAAAAAUGGAGAUCGAUGAUGGCACCUCAGCCUGGGGUGAUCCCAACAGCUACAACUAUAAGAAUGUGAAUCUGUGGGACAAGAACUCCCAAAGUGAGAGCUCUGGAAGUGGACCGGCGCCACGGGAGCAGAAUGCAGCCAAUGUGGUUACAGGGCGAGGUUCCACAUCAAGUUCUGGUUCAAAAGCUAUGCAAGAUGGAUGGGGUGGUGGUGAUCGACCUACUGUAGCAAGUACCCGCCCCCCAAGCUGGGAAGAAGAAGAAGAUGGUUCAAUUGGCCUGUGGAAUAGUGCUGGAACUCAGGAGAGUAGUUCACCCUACAACUCAACUAACUGGACCUCUAGUGGAAAGAAAAUUCAUAAGGGCUCCAUGAAAGGUGGAAACAAUGACACAUGGAUAAAUCCUCUCUCUACGCAAUUUUCCAAAAUGGGAUUACUGAGGGAGCCUUCAGAAGAUGGUGUUGGUAACAAAAUGGACUUAGCUGUUGUUGGUCUAUCUGACAAAAAGCUGGAAUCUGACAAACGGGGAAUGAACAUGGAUUACAAUGGAAUGAUGAGGAAGGAUCGAUCAGGAUUCCGGCCACCAAAUUCCAAAGACUCGCCCACUGCAGACAGUGGACCCUAUUUUGAGAAGAAUGGCAAUCAUGGUUUAUUUGGCGGUAGCACAGCACAAUCCAGGGGUGUGCAUACACCUCAAGUGCAACCCAUGAAUUCAUCCCAGCCUAACCUUCGGGCUCAAGUGCCUCCACAGUUCCUACCCCCUCCUCAGGUUCCUGCCUCCAUGUUGAAGCAUACUGCUCCGAAUGGUGCCCUGAACCCAGCCCUAUUUAGCCUUGGUCCUCAGUUAUCCCCUCAACAAAUAGCUAUGCUUAGUCAACUCCCUCAACUCCCACAGCUCCAAUUGGCUUAUCAGCUCUUGAUUCAGCAACAACAGCAGCAAGUGCUGCAGAACCAACGAAAGCUCUCCGCUGCUGUCCGACAACAGCAAGAGCAGCAGCUUGCCCGUAUUGUAAGUGCUCUGCAGCAGCAGCAACAGCAACAACACCGACAUAACACCCCUGGGAUGAAACACUCACCGUCACACCCUGGCAUACCCAAGCAGCACCUGGAUAACGUUGUGCCUAAUUCUCUUCCCUCUGGCCUUCCAGACUUCCAGACCAAAGGACAGCUUCAGCCGGGUUACCCAAUGGGUCUGGGUUCAAAUAUGAACGUAAACCAAUUAGACGUCAACAGUAUUGUAGGAAUGAAGGAACCUCAGUCUCAGCAAUCUCGGCUUAAGCAAUGGACAACUAUGGAGGGUCUUUCACCUGCCACUCCGCCACCCGAUCACAACCCCCUCAAAAACGGUGCUAUUUCGAGCAGCAUGGCACCACCAAAGUCUCGAGAUAGUUUGCCCUAUUAUGAAAUGAUAGCCGGUGACUCUUUGGCCAGUCAUUCGGGUCCUGCAAGUGAUAACUGGUCCACCCCGAAGCUCUCAAAUGGUUCCAGCAGCUCCAGUUGGCCUCCAGAAUUCCGCCCUGGGGAGCCAUGGAAGGGUUUUCAAAACAUUGACCCUGAAUCUGACCCGUAUGCGACGCCAGCGAGCAUGAUAAACAGCUCUGCAGCACCCCCAUCCCCGGACUCAGAACACCAACUUCUCAGGGACAGGAGCACAGGGUCCAGUUCCUCCCUGAACACCUCGCUGCCUUCACCCGGUGCCUGGUCCUAUAGUGCCUCAAACAGCUCCUACAGCACCGUACAGAGCACUUCAGCCAAGUUCAACGACUUCAAGUCAACGUGGUCUCCAGAUCCAAUCGGACAUCCCAGGAUGUGGAAGAAUCAGAUGUCAUCUAAAAACACUAACCCGCCAACUCGACCACCACCUGGACUGACCAAUCAGAAGCCCCCGUCAUCUCUUUGGGGUAGUGGUGCACCCCGUUUCAGCAGAGGGUGGGGUGUGCAGGACUCGCGAUAUGCCCUGAGUUCAAACUGGGGUGAUGGCAGUUCGGGUGGAUCUGUUCGGGUCAGCUCCUGGCUUCUUCUUCAUAAUCUCACUCCACAGAUCGAUGGCUCCACCCUGCGAACAAUCUGCAUGCAGCAUGGCCCGCUGAUAACAUUCCACCUGAACCUGACACACGGCACUGCACUGGUCCGAUACAGCACCAAGCAAGAGGCUAUCAAGGCCCAGACUGCGCUGCACAUGUGUGUGUUGGGGAACACUACCAUCCUUGCUGAGUUCGUCAGUGAAGAGGAAGUCAACCGCUAUUUUGCACAAGGUCAGUUAUCAACACCAUCCCCAGGCUGGCAGACACUGGAGACAGGACAGAGCCAGAUGGAUCCAGUUGGGAGCAGCCUUCACUCGUUUGGCGGGCGGUCUGGCCUGGGACAGUGGAACAGUGCCGGAGGAGUGGGCAGGGGUAGCGGGAACCUGGCAGGAGCCUCACUUUGGGCAACCCCAAGCUACACGGCAAGCUUGUGGGGAGCCCCGAAUUCCGAUGAUUCGCACCGAAUGGGCAGUCCGGCCCCCCUACUACCUGGUGACCUCCUGGGCGGAGGGGCUGAUUCAAUUUGAACUUUUAAGCUUUCAACCUUUGACCUGUGACCUCGUGAACUUUUUUGAACAGCAGCACUAAUGUGUUUUUUUUCAAACUGCAAUAAGUUUCAAAACAAGUUUAAAAAAAAGGAGAAAAAAAAGAAAAAAGUGAAACAAAUUAAGGGGGUCAUCCACAGUCUCUUUUGUGCACAUAGACACCUCCCUCCUAAUUUUCGGCUACUUUUUUUUAAUCAAAAAAAAACAAAAAACAAAAAAAACAAAAAACAUAUCACACUUCAAAAUACUUGAAUCAUGAACGCCAACAUUAAAAAUGUGAAGUACACUUUACCAUCAAAAAUAAAUAAGUUUUUUUUAAAAAUAGUAGUAUAGUUUUUCCUUACAUGAUUUCCCCCCCCCCCCCGCCCCCUGUAUUGAGAAGUUGUUGCAACAGGACAUUUACUGAAUACACAAAACAGGCUUUUUAAAACUUUUUUUUUGCACUGGGCACGUUUCCGUCCUCUAACAUGCAAUAGCGGAGACGCGACAGAACCUCAUGUAUUAAGGCUAGUGAUUGACCAGGACAGAUACUGAACCUAGUGGUUGCUUAUGUACAUGUUAUAGGACAUUAUUAUGCACCAGUACCAGCCAUGUACCCUUUACACACCAUAUGCACCUGCCUUUCACUAGGCAUUGUAUGUAUUAAUAUCACGCAUGCAUCAUGUGGCGGAAGAGGAACCUUAGCACAAAAUUCUCCAACUGCUUCCUAAUAAAUAAAGGCACAAUCAGGGUUAAUACCAAAUCUCACAGAUCAGAGUGUGUUUCAGGUUUGAUUUCUGGUCUGUGCUGAUUUAGUUUAUCUAGGCCACAAAAGGCAGCAAUGGUGUAAGGGUUGCUAUUAAUCUUAAUGUCCCUGUCCCACCUCGCUCCCCCCUCAAAAGCUUGGCAGGAGGGAUGGUAGAAAAAAUUGUCCAAGAUUCUCAUUUGUGAUCCCUAUCCAAUAACCCUCGUCAGUGGGUUUGUACAUACUAGCUGUGGGUGGAGACAGGGUUGGGCUCAGUUGAAAUGCCUGCCCUCUGUGGUUGAAUAUCCUACCAAUACUGAAUGUCUAGGGUCCUGGAUAAAUAAUAGCUUUUUGGGAGAGAGAAGGUGGCUGCUGAAGCAAUGACUCAGCAGAACUAAAUGCCUUCAGUAGGGGCAGUGGAGAGGUGGGGGGGGAAGAAGAAGAGCAAGUUUUUCAGCAUUAAGUCCAUCUUCCAAACGAUGAGUGGAGAGCUGUAUUUACAUCAGAGCUGCUUUGAUUUAAGGCUUCGGGCUGAAUUAGUGUUAUUGCUCCACAGAAAUUUGCUGUCUUUACUACAAGGCGAUACUAUUCCACUUCCCUCCUCCAUUGCCUCCCUCAUCCAACCAAAAGUUGUCUUAACUAAUAUCAGUUGAUAAUUAAGAUGCUCCUAGCCCUUCACUACUAUGCUACUUAUUUUGUGCUCUAUUUAAAGUCUGCUUAUUAUAUUUUUCAAUAGUAAAUUUUUACACAUCCAGUUAUAUCACAGCACAUCCCUAAAACAUGCUGUGAUGAUGUUGCCGCAUUUGACGGUGUCAUCUUAUCACUAUCGCUGCAGCUAACUGAUCUUGUGCUGUCAGUAGUUUAUCACGCGCUAUUAUUUAGCAACGCAAUAGUAUUUUUUUUCCUUAAGUGGGCAAUGUGCUGCCCUCAAACUGCUACACUCAAAUGACAUAAGCACUUAAAAAUAACGUAGGUUAGAAAAAUUAGUGUAGAAGUUUUCAAGUUAAAUUUACGUGUUGCACUCAGUUCCAAAGUGUUGGGGGGACUUACAUUGUGUACUGUAACAAGCUUUAUCAUUUUGUAAACUGGGGGUUCAUGGUGGGUCAGUCAUUUCCCCCACCUUCACCCCCUUGAGGUAUUCAAAACACUUAGCUAAUCCAAUGAAGGUAUUGCCGUAAUGUAAUAAAAAUAACUCCUAUGGAUAUAGUCCUCCCUCCUUUUGUAUAUGUUUUUGUGUUUUUUAAUUUUAGAUGUAGCUAUCCAAUCAGCUUGGCUGGCUUGAGCCUUCCUAUGUUCAUCCAUACUGCCUGUAAAUUGACACUUUCACAAAAUGGCUGGUAGCUUCCCACAAACUCUCAUUGUUGUAAGUUUGCAAUACUGGUUUACAGCCAGCUGUUUACAUCCCACAGUCUCUGGCAUCUCCACUCUUUAAAAAGAGCUUCUCUGUAACUGCACAGGGAUUUUGGAGUCAAAGGAAGCUCUGGGAACGAGCUUGCUUUGCAGCUUAUAAUGACCCUUGCUGGAUGUAACUCAUUCCUUUCAGUGAAACCAUCAUUUUAUUUCUUUGAUUAAAAUCCAUCUGUAAUAGUGAGCCAGUUUGUGGCCAUUCUGUAUACUUGCUGAUCUGAAGUAUGCAAACAUUUUAUUUCUGUAAAUCUUGGAUAAGGUUAUAUCAGAAUUUGUAGGAAUAGCUUUAACAUACUGUUUACACCAUAUGUAAGAACAUGUCUGCAUUUCUGUGUGGAGCCAUGUUACACAUGGCACAAAGGGGCCAUAUCCAAGGCUCUUCACAGAUCUGGUGUGACUGACAUCGAACAAAAGGUCCAAUUUAAAAUAUAAAGCAAAGAUGUUGAAAGUGUAUUUCUUUAAAAUGUUAAGUCAGGUGCAUAUUAUGAAAGGGUAUGUGCGUCUGUCUCCUGUGAAUUCCUCCAUUAAUAACUUUAUCACUGACCUAGCCUACUGGUGACCUUGUUGAUUGCGUGAGGCUACACUGAAAUUAAUCACUUGAUCAGUUGAAUUGUGUGUACAAAGACACUGGGGACUGACACACACCCUUUAUACCUGCACACGUUUACACACUUGCUGAGUCAGACAAUGCGCACCUCAAUGGGCAGCAGAAUAUUCACAGUUCUGCUGCUGCACCGGCUGGUACUGGGUCCCAUUUAAAAGUAGAUAAUUACCGAAUACAAAGAGAAGGGACAGUACCUUUGUUCACUGGUCGAUCACUAUAUGAAAGAUUAUAAACGUUUACUUACAAAUGUUGUUCAGUUUAAAAAGUGUGUUUUCCUUCUUUUCCCCUUGUUUAAACCCACUUGGGUGAAAACUAGUAAGAAAAUCAUUGACUUGUUUAGGAAACUAUAUGAAAAAAGUUUUUAAUGCUGUUCUAAGUAUUGCACCUUUUUCUGUUUUAAUUUUUUAAGAAUUGUCCUCAUUGUUUUGCUGUAGGUGUUGAAUUUUUCUUAAAGCAAUGUAGUAUGGCAGUGGGAUGGAGGAGGGGGUGAACAUGGAAAAUAAGCAAUGACUUGCGUUGGGAGGAAGGAGUGGGAGAUUUGACAUCUUUCAUCAUUCGUCUUUAACUGCUGAAGAGAUUGGAUUUGGAACCACGUCAGUGUCACAUCUAUUAAGUGACCAGAAGUGGCUGCAAUUAGAAAUUGCUGCUUUAAUUGUGUUUUGGAUUGUAUUCAAUUAGCCAACCAGUUCACAUUUCCCCUGUUCACCCAGACUUGCGGUCAUUUUGCAUUUGCCAUGCCCCACCCCAAUCAUAUACACACUACCCACCUCCCUCGUUUUGUUGACGUGUGUAUAUGCACACCAACCCAUACACGUGUUCACUCCUGUGUGCUUCGUCUUCUUCCAGCACUUUGUGGAGUUAAAUCUUGAACAUUAGGGAGAUGCCCAAAUGUGUUUGGCCUUGUCCUGUUUACAUAACCUUUAGGGCUGUGUCGAGAAUUAUUGAGUCCAAUACUUUGAAGAGUUUUGCAUUUUUAAAACGAGAUGACCAGUUUCAGAUUGAACAGACUGGUAACAAUUGAGUUUGGUGGAACAGGGAUAUACUCUAUUUUAGUGUUGAGUGCUGUAUCUGACCCAGCUGCCCAGACCCUGUCCAAUAGAGGAGACGGGUGGAUGUGGUAAUAGUCACCAAAAGCUGCAAAUUUGUUUUUGCUCUGUUUAUUGACUGAGGCAGUGUUUGUAUUGACUAAUCUAAAAUGAGAUGGAUUAGGAAGGAAAUUUACUCAUUAUUCAUCGCACUUUGUUCACAUUUUGUUUUGGAGAAGUUACGUUUGUGGAAGCUAAGCAAUUCAAGUGAACUGUACUGAUUUUCAAAAAAAAUCUUGUUUCCAAAUAUUGUUGGCACAGUCCUAUAAAUUCUCUUUCCAAGGCAUAGAAAAGUCAGAAAUCAAAAGAAAAGUUGAACCGUUCUUCCAUCAAACAGGAUUAAAAAGACCAAAAAUAUGUGUUUUGUAUUUUUAGAUGGAGUAACUCUGGGAGCAUUUGACAGUGUUUUGUUUCUAAUUUAAUUAGCAUUUUUAUUUUGUUCUGCUUCUAUAAUUUUUUCCUCCUAAAAUUUAAAGUUCUCAGGAAUUUUUAGGGGAAAAGCCAGUUCCCAAAAUGUUUUUUUUAAAUAAAGAGGGAAUUAAAAAGCUAAUGUCUGACUCUGAGAUUUAGACUUUUCAGUCUUUGUUGCACCGGUUCCAAUUCUGUCUAAUAACUAGAAAUCUACUUAAAUGGUAAUACCUCAUUGCAGUCCUGUUAGAAUAUUUGGAUUACAAGCAAUAUGCUUCCACAAAAGUUAAUGUGUAUUCUGCCUGAUCUGGCAAGAGCAAUUCUUGUUAUGCUGGUGGGAUGUGGCAGAACUGAGGUGUCCUACCAAUUCUUUCUCAACAUGCCAAGGAUCAUUUACUAACUUGACAAUUUUGUUAAAAUAUUGGACUCUGGGUGUAAAUGUCCACUCAAGGCUGUGUACAUCUGCUUUUUUGUCUGAAUCUUCAGGCAAGCUGGUUCUGAAAUCCAAUCUGGAUUUGGGACCAGUCUGCAGGGCAUUCAGUGUUCUAUGUAUACAUACAUUGGUCCAUUUCCAGCUUCUGAGCAAAAUGUCUAAGAAGUUUUAUUUUCAGGCAGAAUAUUAAUGAAAGUAAGCAGGACAAUUCUGAUGUAAGCACAAUGUUUUUAUCUACCCCAUUCCCCUCACCAGUUUGAGCCGUUCCAUCUUGACAGGGCCAUUUCCUGUGAUAUUCACAGGACCUGGUCAAAAGAACUGCAAGUAGUUUCUCAAGCUGUUCAGUCACUGCUUUUUUUUUCCCCAUGCCUGCAGUGUUUCAGAAAGAUGGGACUUCAGAGAGUUGCAUGGGAGGAUCGCUAGUUUCUACCAAGUUGUGGACCUCGCGCUGUGUUGUGCUGUUGCUGCUGCUUUAUCUACUGCCACUGGUUAAUGUUGAAUCAUGCCAAUUAAAAUGGGGGGGCCUUUUAACAGCAGAGUUCUGGGACUUUGCACUAAUGCCUGUAAUACUCCCUAAUAUUUCAGUUUGAUCCAAAACCCUUGUUUGGCAGAAGUAGGAGCCAACCUAGAGUCCUCCUUCACUGUGGGGAAUUUAAAUAAAAUAUAAAGAUGCAUUAUGUAAUAAUUUUAUACCACUUUGCAGAAUAACAUUUGUUCAGGAUUUCCCCUUCAUGAACGAUGUCUGGGAAGUAACUUAAUGAUUUGAAUCUUCCAUUACAAAGAUUUUAUUAAAGUAAAAUUUGUUCUCAUGAAAUUUUAAGUACCAUAAAAUAGUUGAUACUAUGGACAACUGGUAUGAGGAAGUAUGGUGCGAAUUGAGAGGUGUUCCUGACUGGGUGCAAGUCUCUCGUGGAAGAUAAGUCAUUGUGCAGUAAAGCCAGCUUAAAUUAAUGUAACAUAUAACCAUUGGUUGUGCUUGUAGGGUACUGGAGUAUGACGGUGUGAAUUGAGGCGCCCUUCCCGGGCACAUUUUACCAACUGGAAUAGGUUUAAAUUCUGCUGAUAACCCCAAAGUGAUCUUGCAGACACGUUUUACAGUCCCAGUCCCAGGAGAAACCAGACUUACAGCUGUACAAAGCAUCUUGAGGACUGGGGAUAGGGAGACAAACUGCCUGAUUACAUGUAUGCCAGUAGUCUGUGUGCAGUCUGUUGGAACCAGGCAGAGGUCAGUUUUGUUUGGUUGUUACUAAAGAUAAAGUAAGAAAAGACUGGAAAUACACUAUUAGGAAAGAAGGUAUGACAAAAAUCAGGUGAUCCAUUUGCAAUUUAAAGAAAAGGAAAGGUUAAUAUUUCAGUAUGGAAACGAAAAAUGCAUUCUUGUUUUUUUUUUCAGAUGUGAACUAAAUCAGCUAUACAUUUCAAGGCUGCUUUUUUAUUAUAUUUAUUCUUUGUAGUGAUUCUGUAAAUUCUUUUGUAUUCUGGUAGGUUUUUCUGCAAUUUAGCCCUAUUCGGAGUUCUGAUCCCAGAUUGAUGGCAAUCUCUCUAUUACAUAAGUAACAUUAAUUUGAUCUAUGCAGAUCACUGCACCAUGACCCCAGAACACUGGUUACUGACAGGUGCGUUAGGAAUGGGGCAUGAAGGAUGCUUUUUCAAAUCCGAUAUCUGUAAUGUCAGCUCCUGAAGCAAUGCCCAUGUUUCUUGGAAGGCGUGGGGUAUCUGGCUGUUAGGAAAUGGGUGACAGUGAGCUUCCUGCCUUUCUCAGAUCUUUGAAUGUGGAGGAACCUUCAGGACACAAAGGCCCUGGGAGAAAUUCAGGGGUGGAAAGAUCCAGUGUGGUGUCUGCAUAGUUGAUGAAAAGGUAUUUUGAAGUCCAUCAGGAAUUUGGCUUGUAUCAUAACAAUUUGUUUUUUUAGCGUGCAGUACCAUUAUUUACAUUGUAGCUAUCAUGCUAUAUUUUAAAGUUACUGUCUACUUGGAAAAUGUUAUUUUCUGCAAUUGAUAUGGCUUUGCUUUAUACUUUUCAUCAAAUUUUAUUUUUCAUGUUUGAAUGCUAGUCUCUUGAUCUUCCCAUGAUCCACGUUUUGCCCUCCUUUGGUGUCCCUACUGUCCUGGUCCCUUUGUGACACUGGUGCUCUACCUUUCUCACUGGAACUUUGUAGCUGACUGUAAUCGCAACAACCAAAGGCCAAAAUUACACACACACACUUGGUUGCUGAGCACUUUUUGGGCAGAUCUUUUGCUGCAAGCUUUCCAUUUCCCUGAAACUAAAUAAUGAAAAAAAGCUAAUUCCAUGUUACUGAUUAAACGUCCAAACUUUUCAAAUGAUCCCAGUGCAUAUUAUUGACUGACUUUAAAGGGUCAUUGGACCCUCAUUCGCCUUGCAUUCAAUUUCCCUUGGAGACCCAUAGACUUUGAAUUGGACCAAUUUAAAAUGUAGGCGUGCCUUCAAAGGGCACUCAGCACUUCAGGUCCUUGUUUUUGUCUUAUCAAUCAGGUAGGCUAUAGUCCCUGAACUGCAUUUUGAUAAAGUACAGUUUUAGCAUUUACGUUUUUUAAUGUCGUAUUUAUUGAUUUUAAAUGGUGUAGGGCCACAGCACGAGCAUUCACGAGCCAGUGUUGUAUUUAUUUCCCAUUUGAAGAGGGUAGUUUUAUGCCUUGAUAUCAAAAACAGUACUGUUAGUGGAGGGGUGAGAUCCCUAAAUGAAGUUGAAGUCUCAUUCCAAUCUCUAAAACAAGAGUGCUCCAAAUGUACUCUGGAAGUUGAUUAGUCAUGAUGUAUUGUUCCUGGUUGCAUAGGCUGUUGGGGUAGCAUUGAUUGGAAUGUGGAAGUAACUGGCAAGGAGAAUGUUGCCCAGAGAGCCAACGUUAGGAACUGCAUGGUUACCAUCCUGGUUAGGCACCAGAGCUGUGCUAAGCCUUCAAGGUGAAUGCAAUGUGCUGCUGAGAGUUUGAUUGCACAGUUGUAAGUAUUUCAGUUAAUGUGUGUGCACUUUUGUAAUUGGUUGUAGUGUCAAUCAUAACUAUUGCUUUUAAAUUGGUUCCUUUUUAAUGCGUGUUGCGGUGGGAGAAAGAGAGAGAACUCGAGACCUAACUAAGUUAGAGUAUUUGGAGUUAUGUUGGGAUCAGAUACCACAUCUUUCUAAUGGGAACAGUGCCAUUGUACAGCCUGAUUCCUUGAUUUAUUUCUGACUUUGACCGUUUGGAUUUUCAAAGAAUAUCGCACUUUGGUAAUUUGUGAUGAGAAUCUCUGCCUUUUGAACAAGUGUAUGUCUUACUAAACUGAAUCAACAGUUGUGACUGAGAAUUGUUGAUUGGUUGCUAACUUCUGCUAAAGACAAUAUCAAAUGAUCCAGGUCAUAGCUGUGUUCUGUCAGGAUAUUCCUUCUGUCAGCACUGCAAAGUAUAUUCAUUGUUUGUUUACUAUUUGGUAAACCGAACACAAAAAUGAGAAUUUUGAUAACAUUGUUGGGAGUUGUGUGGAAAGCUGUAAAGUAACAAAAAAAACAUUCUGCCGUCUGCCUUGACUGUCCUUCAGCUCCCCCUUCACAAUAACAUUAUUUUAAAUGUAUCAGCAUCUGAGGGUGUAAUAGCUAUGCCUCUACUCAAUCAUUCUCCCUUUUUCAGAGUCAACAAUUGGCUUUGCUUUGGAAAUUUCCUUUAAAGCAGUAUCGUUUUCUAAAAACAAAACUUCGAAUUUCAUUGAUCUAAAAGUGUAUUAUAUUGCACAAUAUCUUUAGUGUAUAUUAAGGAAGAGUUUUUUUGUGUUAAGUAUUAAGAAUUUUGUUAGAGCAGAGAGGUGACUCAAACUUGUAAAAAAAAAAUUCCGUUUUAAUUGCAUGUGAUGUGUAUCUUGCUCCUUGCAAUUCCACUUUUUCCCCUUUGUGGCAGUUUAAACUCAGAAUUGUAGGAUGGGUGCGUGCUGUACUUUUGAGUAGGUAUUUGUCUUUCUCUCUCUCUCUCUCUCUCUCUCUCUCUCUCUCUCUCUCUCUCUCUGAGUUGAAUCAUGCCCGAGAGAAGGAAUGUCAUAAAAUUGUUUUUUUUUUGUAAAAGUUUUUGUCCUAUGUAUCUUCUAAGUUCACCAGCUCAGCACCAAAUAUAGAAAGUGAAAUUCCUCUGUGUGUGUGUGUGCGCGCGCCCGCGCAUGUUGUUUCAGUGCUGUUGUUAACCCAUGUUAAUUUAGGGUUUUAACUUUGGUUGUGUGUGUAUUAUUUUGACAAGGUGCUGACAAUAGUGUGCGAGGGCCUCCAGCCUCUGUUUGCGCUGUCCCCAGGAUGUAGCUGUCUGCUCCCUCUUCCCUCUGCUUCACUGCAUCAUAAUACUUUUUUUGUUUACAUGAUAUUUGGAUUGAUUUAAGACCGGUUGAUCUGAUGAAGUCACCCUUGCCUCAUCCUCCCCUGCCCCAGUCUUCUCUUGACCCACCCACCCCAGUCUUGCCUCUCUACACAUUAACUUUGUGUACAAAAUGAGCUGCAUUUUGCCUGGACCCAUUGUGGGGUUCUGUCUUGUACAUAGAGGCAUUAAAAAACCAUUGUGGAUUGGGGUGGGGGGCAUGAGGGAGGUGAUUGAAUUACACUGUUUACACUUGCCUGAUUCAAUUGCUGUGACUCAGUGAUUUUUAAGAAAAAAUUAUGUUGCUGCACCAUGAUGACAUUCAACAAUAACACUUCUUUGCUGGAGUUUACAGGGUGUAUGUUACCAUGGAACAUUUAUUGCCUCGUAAACUGGGGUAAGAAAUUAUCAAUGAAACUGGACUAUAUGGCAGGGAGUUAAAUCGACUCCCUCCCCUCAAAGUUGCAGAAUGGUCUUGUCUGGGAUUUCAGCCUUAGUUGGGUAUUGGUGCAGCAGUCAGUUAUACGCAGUGCAGUAAGGAGGCAGCAUAUCGGAACUGCUCAGGAGAAGUUGAAAUUUUUUUUCAGUUGCAGUCAGUUCAGAUAAGUGAUCUGUAUAUAAACCUUUACAAUGUUAUCACUCAUCUAGGGUAGAAUUUGGCAACCGAGAAGGAAAAGAUGAUUUAAAAAACUUACUCUGAAAGUACUGUGAAUUAUAUAUAUUAAAAAAAACUUAAAUUCUGUGGUUCCAAGGAUUUCUCGAAUUCUGUUUUUAUAAAUGAAUCCUAAUGUUAUAUAAUAAGCAAUUUAGAACAUUUGCAGAGGAUUUUGCUGAUAUGUCUUACAUUAAGCAUGUGCGUAUUUUGAUAGGUUUUGAAGAAAAAAAAAUAUAUGGAACUCGGUGUUCGGGAUAAUUGGUCUGUUUGUUAUUUGGAUAUCUGACUUCCUACCGUGCCUGCCCCGGUACCAGUUCAGUAUUGGUGCUAUCAGAUUGUUGCUUCUUGUAUUGUUGAAUUUCGGCAUGGCAAACCUGUAGCACACGCAGUGGGAUGCCUGGCUCCCCAGGCAUGGUGGCAGUGACCUUGAAAUUGCCUAUAGCCUCAACUGACCUGUCAGUGCUGGGUGAGAAGUUCUCAAUUCAUUUUGAGCCAGUCCACGCAUUGGGUUGCCAUGGGUAACUCACUAAUCCAUCUUUUCGGGGAGGGAGGGGUGGGGGUUUGGUGCUGGGAUUCGGUAGGAGAUGAGGAUGAACUUGAUGCCAUUUGCUGUUCUGUGAACACACCUGCCCUGCCUGGCACAGUGGUUGACGGGGCUUUGUGCAAAAUUAUCUUGUCAUCCAAACUCCUUUUCUUCUGGGUUGAAGGUAGGUUUUGUGACGGUGUGUAGUUUCGCAGGGAAGUGGGUGUGAAAGAUUUCAGAAGGAAAGAUUUUUUUAUAUAUAUAUAUAUAUAUCUGUGUGAUUUAUAUAUGUAUGUAUAAAAUGCACUGUUGUCACUAGGAUUACUUAGCGUAUUGGUGCCAAUACACUAUAGGAAAAAUAAAUCUUUCUUAAGCCAAUACACUUUAUAAUGCUCCUAAUUCAUCAUUUAAAAUUGCUCCUAUCACUAUCAGCAUUGAUCAGGAAUACUAAAAUGUCACCCCAGUAUUAUACAAAUCUGGUUGUAUGAACACUCAGCAUUCUACAUUUGGGAAGGCAGGAUCUAGAUUUGUAUAGCUAGAUGUUGCUUUCACAGUUCGAGGCCAAGGUUUUCCACAAUCCCAGUGACAACGCAAUAAUCUAUAAACAAAUUAUAACAGUGAGUGAGAGAGAGACACACAAGACUAGCAUGUAUCAAAGAAAAUGAAUGUAUUUCAUCAUUUAAAACAAAAAAUGACCUGCAAAAAUUUGUUUAAAAGGAUACUGACUUUUUAACCACAGCUGGAGGGGUGGGAGGGAGGGGGGAGGAGGGAGAGAGAAGAAUAUCCCAUUAGUGGGAGCCAUUGCCUUUUAAUUAGAAAAAAGAAAAUCUGAGAACUAUGCAUUCUGUAACCAGGAUAGGUACUUAAUAAGAGAGAAAAAACAAAAUCACUGGUUCAUUAACAAAUUGUGUUGCUCUAUGUAGUUUGUACAAAAUAAGCUGGAGAGUUUCCAUUUCUUGGUCUGGCCAUAGCUGGUACUGUAUCCCCGUCGCUGGAAUAAUAAGGGUGAAUUUCUUUUAUAUAUCAGAGCAAAAUAUUAAAGUCUGUCAUUUCAUUGAAACUGAAAAACAAAAAGUUGUUCUAAUAGGUAUAUAUAUAAAGAAUUUUGAAAUUUGCUUUUAUCCGUGGUUUGUUUUAAAGAUGUGAUUGUAAUUGUGCAACACAGUUGCUUCAGUGGACUACAUAAUUUUUCUUGAAAA